AUGGGAGCCACCGCUUUUCACCCCUCAAUCCUCAAAGUCCGACUCCCGAGAAACUUCGACAAGCCGACAGACAUGAGGUAUGAUGGGACCAAGGAACCCCAGGAGCAUGUCACAGCCUUUGAAGCAAGGAUGAACUUGGAAGGGGUAGGCGACGCGGUUAGAUGCCGAGCAUUCCCCGUGACACUGGCCGGACCAGCGAUCAGAUGGUUCAAUACCCUCCCACAAGGAUCUAUCACAACUUUCGCAGACAUAUCCCAGAGCUUUCUAGCUCGGUUCACGACGCACAUAGCCAAGGCAAAGCACCCAAUUAACUUAUUGGGAGUCACCCAGAAACCCGGGGAGCCAACCAGGAAGUUUCUAGAUAGGUUCAACGACGAGUGUCUGGAGAUCGACGGCCUCACGGACUCAGAAAUCCAAAGCGUAGCCAAAGAAUACAUCAAUGACGAAGAGGUCAGUCAGGUUGUAGCAGCCAAUAAGCGGCUGCUCCCUAACCCGCCAACCCGGCAGGCCCCUCAGGUCGACAGUCACAAAGAAGCUCCUAGGGACGGCACCCUAAACAAGUUACCCAAGCACCCACGAGUAGGAAGGUUCACGAACUACACGCCACUUACGGCACCCAUAGUAGAAGUCUACCAACAAAUUGCGGACAACGGAAUCCUGUCCAGACCUAGACCAUUGAAAGAGAGAACAGGAGGCAACAAAAGCCUUUACUGCGAUUACCAUAAAGAAUUCAGUCACAAAACACAAGACUGCUUCGACCUCAAAGACACCUUGGAACAGGCCAUCAAAGAGGGAAAACUGAGCGAAUUCUCCCAGCUCAUCAGGGAACCAAGGAAGCGGGAAAGAGAACACUCCGAAGAAGACCAGAGCCGAACUGUUAAGCCAAGACAAGAACCCACAGGAGAUACCGAUAACCCCCAACUUUCGUGGUCAACAUCGUGGUCGGGUGCGACAGCCUCCCUAAAUCCAAAUCGGCAGCAAAAAGGGAUACCCGCGUACUCUCCAUCUCGACAGAUGGUCCCGCCACCAGCAAAAGGCACCCCACAAUAUCCUUUGCCCUAG